AGCCUCCCGCCGCCGUGCAUGCGUCGCAUUCGUCAUGCGAUACGCGAGUACAUGGGUUUUGUAGCCGGCGGCGAAGGCUCGGUGAUUAGCUGAGCCACCUUGCCGAAGCGGUCUAUUCAGCCUGCCGAAGCAGAUUGCAUCAUUCACGCCUCUCUUCUUCACUGCGGGGCGCGCAUCGCAUUUACUAAUCACUAUCCAAACCCAAUCCGUAUCCCACUCGACCGACACCGAGACCCUUGAUUCCAAAUCCCAUCACCACCAAGUAUACUCCCACAACACCCAGCAACCCACCCAACACCGCAACCAUUUCCUUCCUCCGGCACUUCUUCACGCGCGCCCCCAGCCACGCCACCAUGUCCGCCACAAAGACAAAGGUGCAGUCCAUUAUCGACGAGAACCCCGUCGCCGUCUUCUCAAAGUCGUACUGCCCCUACUGCCGCGCCGCGAAGCAGCUGCUCAGUGACAGCGGCGCAAAAUUCUACGCCAUUGAGCUCGACCAGGUCGACGACGGCUCCGCGAUCCAGUCCACCCUCGCCGACAUCACCGGCCAGUCGACCGUGCCCAACAUCUUCAUCGGCAAGGAGCACAUUGGUGGGAACUCGGAGCUGCAGGGCAAGAAGAAGGAACUCCCCAACCUGCUCAAGUCCGCUGGCGCUUUCUGACUAUCUGAGUCGAAGCUAUGAUGGCAUACCUAAGCUGGAGUAGGCUUGGGCAGUCAGCGUAGCGUACAAUAGACGAGAAUCAACAGAGUUGAUUGUCGACCAAUGUCUGCAAUCAGUGUCCACAAUGAGUGUCUGCAAUGAUAGGUGAAAUCCAACGUCGAAUAAUGCGAGAGCUUCGUCCCAGGCGCGAGAAGUCGUUGUGGGCGCCCUGCCGUAGGUAACCUGUGGGCCCAAAACAUCAUCUACGGGACUUUGAGCGAAAGCCACAAUG